CUGGGAAAUAACUUUACCAGAGGGAAGAGGGAAAGGGAGGGGGUGGAAGAGAAGUUGUCCAGUUCACGUGCAGACCACCCGGUUCUCACGCCAAGUAAAAAGUUGUAUGGUUUGAAGACAAUAUUGUGAGAUUGCGUGAUUCCUGUCAACAAGAAAGAACAAGGCUUCCAUAGCACUAGCUGCUCUGCUAUAGUGCUCUGAAUAACCGUUCCUUUCAGGAGUGUGGACCAGGAGAGUAGAAGAGAGAGCAGGGGGUCUAUCCAGUACCCAGACCCACAGCUCACAGACACACAGCGUGCAGUCCUGGAUAGUUGGAAAGCUCUUUAGGCCUUCUGCCUUCUCUCGCUCUUUCUCACCCUCACUCUCUCGCUCUCUACUUCCCUGUUUCUCUCUCCCUUUCUCUGUUCAUCCGUCCUCAGCUGUCCCCCUCAAUCCCAUCUCCGGACAUCCUAACAUACUCUCAGCAUGGAGAACUUCUCUGCUGCGCCAUUUACCACCACCACUCCUGCCCUGGCGCAAACAGAGGCCACACCAACUGUUACCACCGUGGACGACGGCUAUUUUGAUCCCAUACUAGGAGCGGUGAUUGCUGCGGUGGUGCUGGUGCUCCUGUGCUUGGCAGUGGUGCUGCUUCACUACAUGUACCGACACAAGGGCACCUACCACACUAACGAGGCCAAGGGUACAGAGUUUGCCGAUACAGCGGACGCUGCGCUGCGCGGCGACCCAACGCUGCAGGGCGCCGUAGACCAGAGCAGGAAAGAGUACUUCAUCUGAGAGGUUACGCCCUCACGCUGUAUCUAAUGGACUGCUCUCUCUGAACGUGUUAAAUGUUACGGGGGUGGAAGGUCAAAGCUGAAAGAGGGAGGACCCAGGGUCCUUGGUGUGUCUAGGUGAAGAAUAAUCUUCAUCUUAAGAGCAUCUGCUCUGAAUGUUUCCUUGCGACUAAGUGACUAGCCUGAAAAUUAUUUGCCCAAACCAAAUCACCAGUGGGAGACAUGUUCAAAUGUUAAAUGUGCCUGUGUCUUACUCUUGUACAGUAUGCUUUACUAUGUUGUACUGUAAAAUACCAUAUAACUUAGGAAUUGCUCCAUAUUAGCCUGGUUGUUGGAAGCUGUGCUUGUCGUGUCUACAGCCUCUCGUGUUUCAGAGUAAAUAUCUUCAGAUCCAUGAUCUAAACACCUACAGACACUUCUCAUCUUCCGAUGACAGGAAUAUGCCUGGUGUGUGGAGACACACAUACAACAAUAGAAUCCUAAAUUCACUAAAAAAAAAAUUGCAAAGACAAGUCUGUGAUGAUAGUUCUAAAAAAGGAAUUGAUGGUUUACCGUACAUUUUCAACACACAAAGGUGUCCAUGUUGGAGUAAAACAAAGUCUGUUUGGAAGUCAGAAACACAGCAAAUAUGAGUAAAAAAAAAUUAUGUACGGCAUACAAUCAGCCUUUUCUGAAAGGAUGAAAUGUUGAAGAGAGAUUUGAAGAAAAGUCCCAGAAGAAAAAAUAGGCAGACGUUUAUCAUGCCCAGAGGAGGCAUUUCAUACAAUGCCACUAUGCAACAUUGUGCAUUUAUAAUAAAAAUAUAAAUCAAUAGUCUUGUAGCCACACUGUCACUGUGUUUGUAAGUUACCAUUUGUGUUUUCUAUGUAAUAUGGUAUGUUUGGGUGAAGGACAAAGAGAUGAAUGAGGGAACAUCUUCUAGAGGAUGAUGUUGAUGAUCUGAUCUUUUUGGAAUAGCAGUGAAUUGUCAAGUAAACUGUGCUGAUGUAUUUGGCAGCAGGUCGACCUCACUAGUGGUGAACAGCUCGAAAUAUGCUGCGCUUUCAUGCUGCUGGUCAACCACACAGCAUAUCAAAUCAAAUUACAACAGGAGUUGCAUGUUUUAAUGAAUCCAGUAUCUGAUAAUGGUUUGAAAUUAAGGUUAUUCCUGCACUUACCAUUUUUGGAUUGUUUUUUUUAUCAUUUAAUACUUUUUUGACAGAGCCUGAGGCUUCUGGGGAAAAGUCUUGUGAUGGGUUUAUUUAUUAGCCAAGGCCAGAAUCUGAAUUGCAGAGUUACAUCUUGAAAUGUGUUAAUGGUGUAUAUGUGUUUUGUUAGUAUCUUAUACAGACUGAUUGAAUUAAAUCAAGUCGCCAUUUAUAAUGAAUAACUGCCUGGACUCAUGGGGCAAUGACAAUAACAAUAAUUUGACUAUGUGUGUGUUCCUUCUCAAACAAUACCAAGCCAACUGUGAGUACCUUGUUCUUAUCUAUAUCAUUAACUUAAUGGUGGAAUAAAUGGACAGUGAAACUGAAA